CAGCUAUGUAGAGAACACACACCGCUCCACAUAGAUGAGAACCGACUUACAGACCGACGCUGCGUCGAACAAACCAGAGAAUAUGGUCAGGAGCUCAACCGUCAGUGGCUUGAAUAACACACACCAAACCACCAGCUGAGGAUGUUAAGAUGCCCAUCCAAGGCCUACUCCCUACCCUGGUCUGUCUCACCAUCUGGACCCUGUGGAGCCUGCUAAUACCUGCCCUCAGCCACCCUCACCACAGCCUCUGCAGACUGACCCAAAAGAUUGCUCUCUGUAGUGAUAGUGAGAUCUCAUCUGUGCCGAGGGACCUACCGGACAACAUAGAGGAACUCCACCUGACCCAUAACCACAUUCAGAUGCUACAAGAUGACUCCCUCUCCCGCUACAUCUCCCUUCGCACUCUAAGCUGUGCAAAAAACCGCUUGGAGACAGUGGGGUCAAAACUCUUUCACAACUCACCUCAUCUAGAGAGCCUCAAUCUAGCUGCCAAUCAACUUCACGUUGGAUACCAGGAAACUAGCAGGGCACUGCUCACCCUGUCUAGACUCAAAGUUCUGGAUCUGUCAGAAAACCAGCUUACAAACGACAUAGCUUCGGUCCUCCUCCAGAAUAUGACAUCCCUGGAGUACCUCAACCUUUCCAGGAACCUCCUGCUGAGGCUGGACGAAAGUUCCUUCAGCGACCUCCACCAGCUCAGAGAGCUGGACCUGCAGAGGAACAUGCUGUUUGAGAUCGUUGAUGCCUUUGACCACCUGCACAAGCUCCAGAGACUAAACCUGGCCUUCAACCACCUGGCCUGCCUGAUGGACUUCGACAUGACCCAGCUCGUGGUGCUCAACGCAAGUCACAACAACAUUGAGUGGUUCAUAGCCAACCAGGACCUCCAGGAAACUUUCCAGCUGGAGACCCUGGAUCUCACCAACAACAACCUCCUUUUCUUCCCCUUCCUUCCCAUCCAGAGCCGCCUGAGGAACCUCCAUCUGUCCCAGAACAGGGUGAGCUUCUACGAACACCUGGCAGACACCGCUGGCUACCCAAACUGGACCAACAGUGUCCAGUUCUUCAACCUGAGGGGCAACGUGACCAAUGUCACAGCCCAGCUGUGGGACGAGAGCCUUCACGGUGACAUCUCCUCUCUAGUCCUGCUGGAUCUGAGUGGAAAUCAGGUGGGCUACUUCCCCCAAGGGUUUAUCAGCAAAAUGCCUAGCCUGGUCAGGCUCAGGAUGCAGACAAACUGUCUUGAGGUUUUAAAUCUAACACUGGAAAAACUUCCAGGGACGUUGUACGAGUUGGAUGUGAGCAACAAUAGAUUGACGGAGCUCCAUGCUGACCAAGGUAGUUUAAGUGAGUUAGGAAAACUGAGCUAUCUCAACCUGAGCCAGAAUGACCUGCAGAGUCUUCCUCCUAGACUGUUCUCCUCUCUCACCAGCAUCAGCUCUGUGGAUAUCAGCUUUAACAGAAUUGGCAUAUGCCCCCUUGAGGAAUGGGGAGGGAACAGAGAUGGGGGUAACCAAUCAGACUGUGUUGUUUGGAGAAACAUUAUCUCCCUGAGACAGCUCCACCUAUCAGGGUGCAACCUGGGGAGACUGCCGUCGUCAGCAUUCACAGGGACACCUCUAACACACCUGGAGUUGUCUAACAACCCAGAACUCAACAUUGGGCCCAGAUCGAUAGUAGGCCUCAGCAGAACUUUACACCAUCUAGGAUUGGGAAACACAGGCCUGAGAGACUUUGACUUCUCCCAUUUCCACCACUUAAAGUCUUUGAACAUUUCCAGAAACUCUCUUACUCAGCUCCCUGCUUCACUGCAACGCCUUGAGCUGAGGCUGCUGGACCUGAGGGACAACAAACUUAACACUGUCCCCUCAGAUCAGGCUAACACAUUAUCCUUGAAACUACAGACUGUUUUUCUUAAUGGAAACACUUUCAACUGCUGCCAGUUGGACUGGUACAGGACGUUUGAGAGGGCGAAAACGGUCAAUAUCAUCGACCUCUCAGACAUUUCAUGUCAGGAUCUGACAAAAAAUACACACAAAGUGGUGUUUUUAGACCCUUUAAUGUGUGGUGGGAGUGAGGAGGAGUCUGUAUACUGGUACAUCCUGUUGUUUAUCGUACCUGUCCUCUGCCUGGUUGGGAUUUCUGUCAUCUUCCUGCUCACCUUCAGGCCCAGACUGCUUCCCAAGGCCAUUAAAAAUAAAUGCCGGAGGCCCACGUCAUACUGACAUUUCAGUCACCUUCCCUGUGUUGUGGAAGAAAGGUCAAAUGAUUAAGACAAUGUGGUACAUUCUGUCCAAGUGUGAUGUUUUGCACAUGGGUCGUUCCAUGUCAUUUCAGCAAGUCAUGACGUCCACCAUCUCAGAUUGUUCUGAAAUCGUUUCUGUAGUUAGAAACAGAUACGGGGUGGCAGAUAGCCUAGUGGUUUGAGCGUUGGACUAGUAACC